GUACGAUAUUCGUCGACGCAGGCGCGCGUCUGGCUGUAGUCCAAACAAUAUCUCCGUCGGUAGUAGUAGCAGUUAUAAUAUUAGUAGAAUUCGUAUCGUCAUCAUUACCGGAUACACGAUCCAACGCUACGCGCGAACAUCGAUUGCAGCGCUUAGUGUGGAACAAGUGGCAGUACGAUACCGUCGUCACUACUCGUCACUGCUCGUCACUGUUCGUCACUACUCGUCACGGUGCAUUAUUCGUCUGCUCACGGCAAGAUGUGUUACUAUACCACGGUGCGCAAUGUGUCUUUCCGGACGAAUGGUGCCCGUGUUUAAAACAGAGAUUAUGACGUGGCGCGGUUUAACCGAGCCAACGGAAGGGCACAGACGUAGGUACGGAUGAAGCACAAGAAGGGUAACCUGGACGAGGAGGAGGAGGAAGAAGACGAAGAAGGAGAAGGAGAGGAAGAAGACGAAAUCGAAGACGACGAGAAGCAGGAACAGCAAGAAUACAAACGGGACAAAGGAGGAAGAAGAAGAAGAGGUUCGCGUGGAAAGAGAAGCGAGAGAUCGUUACGUUUAGCCGGCGUGUCGGUGUGAUCAUCGGCUGGUACAUUUGAUGCUAAGUGAAAAGAGGUUAGAAGACGUCUUAACACUGGCGGACGGGGAACGUAAUGGAAGCGCCGUGGUCACGGGCCCGGUGCUAUCGUCGUCGUCGUCGUGCACGGUGCCCUACAUCGGCACCGACCAGGGUUUCGUGUUCGAGGGUGGCGGCACGACGACGUUGCAGCGGGCUGGUGCAGCCGGUGCGUCGAUCGCUAGCUGCACCGGUAGCGGAGGAGGAGCCCUUGGAGGAGUCGGUAUCGUUGGGUCAGUAGGAAGCGGUGGAAUAAACGCGGUAGUAGGGUCAGGGGUUAGCAUGGGCGGAGGAGUGACGGGAGGAGGGAUUGCUGUUGUCGGAGGAGGAAAAACUGGUGGAGGAGGAGGUGGUGGAAUGAACAAGGAGGUUCGGUAUGCUCCGUUUUCGUCAUCCGUAGGACCGACCGGUUCGGUGGCGCCGGUCAACCUGCCACCGCCGCCUCUACCGCCGCCUCCGCCACCGCCGUCGCCGCCGCCGCCGCCACCGCCGCCGCCCCUGCCGCUGCAGAUGCAGCAGCAGCGUGCCUACUCGAGGUCGAUGACGUCCCUACCGCCUGAGCCGUUUAUGAUCAUGAGGUCGAAGGCCCUUAACCGACGGGUCUCGAUCAACGUCGGUGGGGUUAAACACGAGGUACUAUGGCGUACCCUCGAGAGGUUGCCUCACACGCGUCUAGGCCGGCUGAAGGAUUGCAACACCCACGAGGCGAUUACCGAACUUUGCGAUGAUUAUUCCCUUAUUGACAACGAGUAUUUCUUCGAUCGCCAUCCCAAGUCCUUUAGUUCCAUCUUAAAUUUCUAUCGUACUGGCAAGCUGCAUCUCGUCGAUGAGAUGUGCGUACUGGCGUUCAGUGACGAUCUCGAGUAUUGGGGCGUCGACGAGCUCUAUCUCGAGAGUUGUUGCCAACACAAGUACCACCAGAGGAAGGAGCACGUGCACGAGGAGAUGAGGAAAGAGGCAGAGUCGCUAAGGCAAAGGGAAGAGGAAGAAUUCGGUGAAGGACAGUGCGCGCAGUAUCAGAAGUGUCUGUGGGAUCUAUUGGAGAAACCGACCACGUCCAUCGCUGCAAGGGUGAUAGCUGUGAUAUCAAUACUCUUUAUUGUGCUUUCGACGAUCGCACUAACUCUCAACACCAUUCCUAGUAUGCAAGUGAAUGAUGAGAAGGGGAACUUUCAAGACAAUCCGCAGCUCGCCAUAGUGGAGGCUGUGUGCAUCACAUGGUUUACCCUCGAGUACAUGCUUAGGUUCAGUGCCUCGCCGGACAAGUGGAAGUUCUUCAAGGGUGGUCUAAAUGUGAUCGACCUGUUGGCAAUACUGCCGUACUUCGUAUCUCUGUUCCUGGUCGAGACGAACAAGAACGCGACCGACCAGUUCCAGGACGUGCGCAGGGUAGUGCAAAUCUUUCGUAUAAUGCGGAUCCUGAGGAUCCUGAAGCUGGCCCGCCACUCGACCGGGCUGCAGAGCCUUGGCUUCACCUUGCGUAACUCGUACAAGGAGCUGGGCCUGCUGAUGCUCUUCCUGGCGAUGGGCGUCCUUAUAUUCUCGAGUCUUGCCUACUUCGCUGAGAAGGAUGAGGCCGGGACCAAAUUCAUAAGCAUUCCAGAAACCUUUUGGUGGGCGGGCAUCACGAUGACCACCGUCGGAUACGGCGACAUCUACCCCACGACCCCGCUCGGCAAGGUGAUCGGCAGUGUGUGUUGUAUAUGUGGUGUCCUGGUAAUCGCGUUGCCCAUUCCCAUUAUCGUUAACAAUUUCGCCGAGUUCUACAAGAACCAGAUGAGACGGGAGAAAGCCCUCAAGAGGCGAGAGGCUCUUGAAAGGGCAAAGAGGGAGGGCAGCAUCGUUUCGUUCCAUCACAUCAACCUGAGGGAUGCCUUCGCCAAAAGCAUGGAUCUCAUCGAUGUCAUCGUCGAUACUGGUCACAAUAUGUCCGGCGUGGAUGGUAACAGCACCGAGGGAGAAUCCGCGUGCGGACGCGGUCCUGCCCAGACCGGGCCAGGCUGUUAUCGUAACUAUGAGCAUUACAGUCUCUCGCGACAUCGGCGCAGCGCCUCGUCCUGCUUCCCAAAUUUGCCUAACGAUCUGCCGACCACACCGGACAGCCCGAACCGUCGUCUCCUGGACUUUGCUCAGAGCGUACCCGGAACUCAGAACGACGAUUACUUUCACGACGAUGUACCGGCCCAGCACGUGAACCAAGGCAAUACCACACCUAGCGAUGAAGAGAAAAAAGACAGCAGAAAAUUCGAGAAAAAUGAUGAAAUACCUAGCGAAUUCGAGUGUUGCUUUUGUACUACGAAGGAAUACAAAGAGUUCAGAGACGCGGAAGAUAUAAUGCCACUGGCGACCAGCGACUUUCGUAAUCCCAUCUGCCAAGAGAUGAAGUCGAUGCGAUCCGGAGGAAUCAUGUCGAUGGAGCCGGUCGCGCAUCAGCAGAUCUUCGCCGUGGAAGCGAAACCGUCCCCGGCACAACCGGUGGAUGUCCCCAGCUUUGGCAGAACGUACAACGAGCAGGGAAGCGUAGACAGCUCUGAUACGUAUGCCAGCUGUCAAACGCAUCCGUCUCAUUCGCAGGUUUCUUCUGCUGGUCAUUCGGCGGAUAACAAUAAGGGCGAUUUGACCGAAGAAGCAGACAGUAAUCUGUACGUGAAUCCACUGGAAGCUGCGGAGAAGUGUGGAAAUAGAGUGAAAAAGUCGGCUUCCGGUGAAGUCGGACGUAACGUUGGCGACGCGUCACCGAGUGUUGAAUCGUUAAAGGACGUUCGUCCCUUUAACGAGGGUAGCAGGGUUACGUUAAACGACACAGUGCCCAAGCAUAGAAAAAUUCGCAUUCAGCAGAGCGUAAGACCACGCGCGCAAUUUAUCAGCGACCAGGAAAGCAUUGUGGCUCGUAGCAUCACGAAAGAGGAAACCAUGGAGAACAAUUACUAUGGAGGACUACGAGGAGGCAAGCCAUUUACCACGACCAACAGCAGCCUGGCCUCGGCUACGAGAAUCAUACAUCAUCAUUUAUUCGGCUCUGCCAUUGGACCCAGGCAUUACACAGGUCAUCGAAGGCAAAUUUCAGGAACGAACACCGACAGCAAGCUUUCCCUGUCCGCUGAUUCGAUAGACAGCGAGGGCGUGCCUUUCAUAGACAGGCACCGGGUCUCCAAGUCGAUACUCAAGAAGUCCGAGAGCAGCAAUAAUUACUACAGCAACGCCGGUGACUCGGACACCGAGAAGCUUAUCACCGAUAACGCGUCCACCAUAAGCAUGUGCGACAAUGAGACGAGCACAUGCGACGUUUUCGCCAAUGUGAAUGGAACGAAAUUGAAACAGCCUGGCUCGCCGUUGCUUUCCAGACAGGUUCUCGAGUCGAUCUUCCGCACGAACAAUAACGUCGAGAGGGAGAACGAAGUGGAUCAAAGCGAAGAAAGGAACUGUAUUUCCAAGAUGAGCAGAUCGAUAUUCGACGAGGUCCUCGAAGAAGAGAAGUGCACGCAGGACGAGGCAAUGACAGAGAAUAAGAACAAAGAGGAGCGAAAGAAAUCGAAAACGAGGAUAGAGGAGCCGUCGAAGGACAGCCAGACGAUGUUAAUAUGCUCAUUACGGUCGCAUAAAACGAAGAAAUUAAGCAUAGAGGAAAAACGAAAGGCCAAAACGGCCAGUCAUAGUUGCAAAGGCACCGACACGAAUUGUCUUCCUCAAGAACAUCGUUUCUCGUCGUAGCGUAAUUCUCCUUUGUGUAGCAUCCUCCGUUCUGUGUCGCGUAUACAUAUGUAGAUACGAAACUGAAUCACUCUGCGAUCACAUCAGUGUUUCUCUUUUAGUAACGCCAUUAACCUCUGUAAUAACAUUCGCACGGUCGUGCAUCUGCGUUUCGAAUACGACGACGACGUCGACUUGGCCUGUCGUAUAAAUACGUCUAGGGAAAACGCGUAAUAAUCUUAAGAGAGUGAUAUACGUUCGAUAAUAUGAAAAAUAGAGACUAACGUAGAUAAUGUAUAACACGAAGAAAUACAUAUUUUCGAGAAAAAAGAAAGAAAAAAAGAAGGAAUGAGGGGGAGAGAAUACACAAUUUCAAAAAGUAUAUAUAUAUAUACGCGUGAAGAAAUAUAAUUGCGCCGAGGAUGAUAUUCAAAUGACAAAAAUAAAACGGGAAAUAUGAUAAAAAUAAAAAUAAAAUAUCGAAGAGGAUAAGAUGUCAGUUUGCAUAGAAUUAAAAAAAAGAAGCGAGGGAGAAGAUGUUAAUCAAAGCUUAUUAAAGGAUACGAUUGAAACAAGAGAUACAAAAACAAUGAUGAUAAUUCUAAUGAUAAUAGUAAUAAUAACGGUAAUAGUAAUAACGAUAGCAAAUAAGAAAUCUUUAGGCCAUAUGCUUUUCCCUGUUCGCUGAAGAAAAACGAGAAUUUAAUGAGACAUGUAAUCUACAUAGUCACACGACCCUGUUGUUUCCUCCUUUCGCCUAAUAUGGCUAAAUUAGGGCAGCUUUGCGUGUCGCGCGAACAGUAUAUGCAUUCGAUGACAUAUAGCAAUGAGAAAACACGCAACCGAACUACAAAUAAUGAUAGUCGGGAGAUUCGUCGUCCUUUUUUUUCUGUUUCUUUUUUUUUUUUUUUUGAGAAACGAGUCGUUCUCGACUAAACUCCGCUAAAGUCUCUCAGUGUUGUUCGAAAUGACACGAGUGUUCGUUCAUCUGCUGAGUGUCUUAUGUACAAUUAGAUAAUAAUAUAUCGUUGUAAUAUAUAGGAGGCAUUAGAUACACGAUGUGAUACAUGCCUCGUUGAAAUCAAAACACGAUAUAGUAGGAAAAACGUGGAAACGUAGAUCGUCGGAAAACUCGUUAAUAACUGCCCUUUUUAAAGUUCCGAUUUUCGCGUUUCUUUUCUAUUGAAUCGAUUCUUGAAAGUUUCCUUACCAUAUCUUUUUAAAGAGAAUGUUAUUGUUAUUUGUAUUUUAAGUACUUUGUGAUAGUAGUUUACAUAAAUCAAUUCACGUGUAUGUAUGUGUAUAUUUGUAUGUAUAUUAGUUAAAAAUAUCUGCAGGGUGUUCUAUUAAUUUUAGCGUGUGGUAUUUUUUUUUUUUUUUUUAGAGAAUUAUUGUGGAUACGGAUGUGAGUUUAUUUUUAAAUUUCACGACGUUGACCCUUGUAGAUUGUGAUAUAUGAGACUUCUAAUCUAUUAUGUAGAGGAAAGGGUACAAAUUUUGAAGUAGAACCACCAUGUUUUACUUGAAAGAACAUGUUUUACUUGAAAUAUGAUACUUAAUAAUAACAAGUACUUUAAAAGUCACAAAGAAUAAUGCUAGUUUAAGUAAAGAAGUUAUUGUAUACCAAUUGUAAUAUUAUUUUCUUCGGCAUCCAAAGUAACAUCUAAAAUAAUUUCUAUUAACUUCUGAGCCUAACUAUUUAUCGAUAUAAUAAUAAAAAGAACUUUGUUCCUUUGUAAGACAGUGCAGUAUGAAAUUGUUGAGCUUGAGUUAAUAUUAAACUCAACUUUAUGUGUAUCUUAUAACGAAUUUCACGUCUGAUAUGAAUGAAAUUAUCGGAGAAAGCUCAACUCUUUGUAGUUUUUGAAACAUGCAUUAUUAUUAAAAAUAUUGUUAGCAUACAAACUUGAACAAGUGAUGAAAAUUUGCUCACUGCUGUAUUUAAAACUUGGAUGGCUCGCUGUGUAAAUACUGUAUAUCCAAAAAUAAUACUUUCUUUAUUGUAUUUAGUGUAUGUAGAGAUAUUUUCAAGAUGCAACCCUGUCAUUUUAUUUUAAAUUUAAAUUUUAUAUUUAAAUUUAAAUUUUAAAUUUAAAUUUAUAUUUAAAUUUUUUAUUUUAAAUUUGGUUUUCUCGAAUACGCUAAAAAUGAACAAACGAUAUUUAUGCAGUAAACCAUCAAUUUUAAUCCUGCUUUCUACCUACUUCUCCCUUGAGUUCUCGUCUCUACUGCUUAGAUUAUACACCAAGACCUCCUUAUUCGAUGAAAUUGAAAAAGAAAAAUACUCGUUUAGAGAACGUACAGUUUCGAGUAAUAGUAUAAUCAGAAGAUAACAUGUAACCCGAAGUUACUGGAACAUCCUGCGAUACAUUUAAAAAUAAAUCCACUUGCAUCGAGGUUCAACCGAAGUUUUCCUAUGUUCAUUCUCGUUUAAAUGACACGGAACUUCACUUCCAAAGAGUUGUAUCUACCUGACCACGUUUUCCACGUAAAACACACACACACACACACACACAUACACACUCAUACACACACAUAUAUAUAUAUAAGUAUAUACUUUAUAUAACGCAAAUAUCGUAAUGAAACCAGAAGCGCUUACGUGCACGACCAUGAGUUCAGUUCGGUCGUUUUUAAGAGUUGAAGAAAAAGUGUACUUUUCGCGUAUGUUAUAGAUGUUAAAUCAAAAAUGAAAAAAGAAAUAAAAAUGAUGAAACGUGUUAACAUGCUCAUGUAGAGAAUAGCCAGAGCGCAAGUAUCGUCUGUGUUAUAUCCAGGUACCGAUAUCUAGCCGCGGUAACAAUCAAAGUAUUCCAAGAAACUUUUACACCAUCGUCAUCGAACGCGACGAAAAGAAAUUUUAAAUCGAUUGUCUUCGCCGAAAAAUGAAGAACAUCAUGUAACAUUGCAACGCGCAUUAUUUACGAGUGUAAUUAGGACGCGUGCUCAAAAAGUUCGAUCGCCCCUUUUUUUCCUACCAACGGUGAUCGUUCUCAUUUUCGUUGCCUUUCGUUCUAACAGGGAGAAGCGAAAUAAGCAAAAGAUCUUCCGUUCGAAUCUCGCUGUAAUUUAGUCAAAGUAACAAAGACGCCGCGUUCUCCCCUCGAAAAAAAAAAAAAAGAAAAAUUCGGACGCCACUGUUUCGCUAUAAUUAGCGAUCGUUCCGAUCUUUAUUUUCUUUUAUCUUUUCGUUUAUGCUUCCUUUAAUUUUAAUCGGGAGAAGCGAGACAAGUAAGAAACCUCCCGUUCGAAUCUCACUGUAAUUUGGUCAAAGAAAGAAAGACGUCCUCUCUUAGAUUUUUAGACGAGCCGUCAGUAAAAAUACAUAUCUCUAUAAUGGCAUUUCUAUUCAUUGUUAUCGUAGAUGUAGGGAAACAAAGUAAUUGUACAGUUGCAAGUUAACGAGGGGGAAAAGGAAAAGAGGAAAGAAUGGUUAAUAUUCCCCAUAGACGCGUCUAUUUGGGGAUCUUUGUUAUGCCGAUGGUCCGAAGUUCACGCCUCGACUAUUUUUUAAUAUAUUUGUAAUUGUUUUCGAAUACGUAUAUGAAGAUGCUUCUCAUGAAAGGAGCAUUUCAAAUCAUCCGAAUAGAUCCAUCUGAUUUCACAUUUUUUCACGUGAAACUUUCGUCUUCGUUAAGAAAUAACGUAAGCUAUUCGAACCGUGAUCUUUAGCGAUAAUAACUUGUAUUACGCGAUGAUCGUCGUACGUGUAAUACGUAAUACAUUUACCGUUCCACAUUGUUACCGCGAUAUAUUUAUUUAUAAGAGAGAGAGAGAGAGAGAUGAUCAUCGUAUCCGACUUUAAGGGUUUUCUCGUUUUUUCUAAGAAUUACAAACAAACUUUGUUUUAUGUACUUGUUAUUCGAAGUUGGAUCUCGAUAGCUUGUAAUCGCUUGGAGUUUCUGAGUAAAUCAAUGUCUUCUGUGAAUUAACAUAGCUGGAAGUAGAAAGUUCCUAGGAAAGGUGUACAGAACGUGGAUUUAUUAUUUAUUGUUGUAAUUAUAUCUUAGAAGAAUUAGCAUCGACAUAGUACAAAAGGGAAGGCCACACCAUAGACACGCGUGGCAACGAGACAAGUUGACCAGAUUACAAAAAAGAGAAAAAGAAAAAAAGAAAUAGUAUGAAAGAGACUUGAAACGGCUGCACAGUUGCGUAGAUCUUGAGCGAUAUACGAGAGCAGUACGGCAAGAAAAAGACAUUUUUCUUUUCUCCGUUUUUCACUUUACGUUUCACGUUUCGAAAUUUCUAAUACAUCGUAUUAAGGCUUAAUUUAAUGGAAUAAGUCUGACGAACGAGGCGUAACGCUUUCGCAAAUUGAUAUAAGAUAUUGUAAAACGUAAACAAUGCAGGAUAACUUUUUAUCCACUUUUUUAUCGAAUAAUCGAGGAAUUAUAAAGGUUCGAUUAAUAUAUAUUUACAAGAGGGUAAUACCGAAAUUUCAAACAUUUCCUGAAUCGAUAAACAAUUUUUCGUCUACGCCUCAAGCCACAAUAUCGACAGAUUAAGGUGUCUGUUUAUUCGAUCCAUGAAACAGCUAACGAUACCAAUUGUACAGCACAUAACAGUCAAUUCUCAAUUAUACAAUGCAGUUAUAUGAAAAAUUCUUUAUCAUGAUAUCGACCUAAACAUCGACGAGCGCAAAGUUAAUCGGAUUUAGUCGAUCGGUCACGUACAUUCUUUUAUUUUCGAAUCUCUAAGGCCUAGAGUCGCGUAGCUAUAAGACGAGUAGUAUGUAACAAAAUAAAUAAAGUUGUAAUUUGCCAGUUUUUGUUCCUUA